AUGAAGUACACAAUGCUUCUCGCCUCGUUGGCGCCAACACUGAUGGCCGCACCACUUACUCGAGAUGCCUUCGAAUGGACGCCGACAUUAGCUGGUUACUUUGACGUCGUCUUCCAAUAUAUGCAGCAGGCUAAAACGCCUGGCUCUCCCUCGCCGACGUGUGAUGUGUCGAAAGCUGCCAUGCCGAUCGCACCCACACCACUCCCCAGCCCGUCGGGAUUGGUCCUUGAACAUGUUGCUGUCGGUAGAGGUGUGCAGAACUAUACGUGUGCCAAUGCCACAGCCACUCCUGCCGCAGUCGGGGCCGUUGCAAGAUUCUACAAUGCUUCGUGUGUGGCGGCUGAUUAUCCGGAUCUCCUGGCCCUCAUCCCCAACCUGGCCUUACAAUACCCUCUGCCCUCCGACCCUUCUGCUCCCCUUGCACCCUCGGACCUUCAGCUUUCAUCUCACCACUUCUUCUCCAAUACCACCACUCCGGUCUUCGCUUUUGACGUCCCCGAGUCUCCAGAACUUGGCACCGUCUUUGCACAGAAGGAGCACUCUUCCGAUGCCCCAGCCAAUGCUGUGCCUGGCGUCAGCGGUACGGGCAAUGGCGCGGUUCCCUGGCUGUACCUGACAUCGCGAUCCACCACUGAAGGCGACAUCAAGGCUGUCUACCGCCUGGACACCGCUGGUGGACAGCCACCUGCGACAUGUGCAGACAUGCCUGCAGCUUUCAGCGUGGAGUACUCGGCAACCUACUGGUUCUACAAAUAG